AUGGGCAACGUGAUGGAGGGCAAGUCGGUGGAGGAGCUGAGCAGCACAGAAUGCCACCAGUGGUACAAGAAGUUCAUGACCGAGUGCCCCUCCGGCCAGCUCACCCUCUAUGAGUUCCGCCAGUUCUUCGGCCUCAAGAACCUGAGCCCAUGGGCCAGCCAGUAUGUGGAGCAGAUGUUUGAGACCUUCGACUUCAACAAAGACGGCUACAUUGACUUCAUGGAGUACGUGGCGGCGCUCAGCCUGGCGCUCAAAGGGAAGGUGGAACAGAAGCUGCGCUGGUACUUCAAGCUCUACGACGUUGAUGGCAAUGGAUGCAUCGACCGUGAGGAGCUGCUCACCAUCAUCCGGGCCAUCCGAGCCAUCAACCCCUGCAGCGACCCGACCAUGAGCGCGGAGGAGUUCACCGACACCGUGUUCGCCAGGAUCGACCUCAAUGGGGAUGGGGAGCUGUCCCUGGAAGAGUUGCUGGAGGGCGUGCAGAAGGACCGGGUGCUCCUGGACACGCUGACGCGGAGCCUGGACCUCUCCCGCAUCGUGCGCAGGCUCCAGGGCGGCGCGGGAGACCCCGAGGAGGGGGCGCGCGCCUGGGAGCCGGGGGCGGAGGCCGCGGGGUGA